AUGGAAUAUACUGAUCGCUAUAUUCAAAGUGGAGGUGUGGCUUGUCUUAUUCACAAAUCUUUAAAAGCUAAAGUACUCCAUAUUUCAACUUCUGAUCAUUUAAAUCAACCGGAGUAUCUCAAGCGGGAAAGGAUAGGAGUUACGUCUGGAUUUAGGAAACAUUACAGUACGCAAACAGCGUUAUUGAGACUCACUGAUGAUCUUCGACAAGCAAUGGACAACAGUAAGCUUACUAUAUUAGUAUUGUUUGACUUGAGUAAAGCUUUCGACUAUGUCGAUCCCAAAGAUAUAUUGGUUGCACUAUUUGAGCUUGGUUUUUCAAAGGAAACAAUAAAUUGGUUUUUCUCUUACUUGUCGGGUCGAUCUCAAUCAAUAUUAAACGAUAUUGGGACUCCAAUUCAACUACUAAAAACGUCAUCUGGUGUUCCGCAGGGAUCUGUUCUGGGUCCAAUGCUGUUUCUAAUAGUCAUGAAUUCUGUGGCUCAACGGCUGGUAUAUUGCAAGCAUGGAUUGUUUGCUGACAACAAAUACAUAUACUCUCACUUAUUUUUCUAUCAGCUACAUGAUGCUGUCUGGAGGGUCAACUCAGAUGCACAAUCAGUUGCUGACUGGGCAAGAGACCAUGGAUUAGAAGUCAACCUAGCUAAAACAAAGGCUAUGAUCUUAGGCUCUAAUAGUAAGUUGAAAAAGCUUGAGGACUUGGAUCUACCACCAAUAGUAGUAAAUGGUGUCAUAAUACCCUACGUUAACGAUACCAAGUGCUUAGGUAUUCAACUAAGUAGAAAUCUGUCAUGGAACUACCACGUCACUCAGAUAGUUAGUAAAGUGAACUCAGCUCUGCAUUGUCUCAAAGUUAGGAAAAACAUCUUUUCAACUCCUAUAAGAAAAUUACUAGUAUCAGCAACCAUCCUACCACUCGUUGACUAUUGUUCCGUUGUAUUGGUAGACUCAACUUCUGUUAACAAUUUAAAGCUACAACGUGUGAUUAACUGCUCUAUCAGAUUUAUCUUUAAUCUCAAAAAAGAUGAGCAUAUUUCACCUUUCAGGCGCGAACUGGGAUGGUUGUCUGUAAAGUAUCGCCGAAUGUACUACAUGAGCUGUUAUUUUUAUAAGUUACUUCAAGUUAAAAAGCCCAAGUAUUUACGAGAACUAUUCAUUAAAGACAUUGAUGUUAGACGUUCUAAUAGGCUAGCAACUAAAAAACAUACUACCUUCAAACUACCUCAUUUUGCUACCACCUAUAUGGAGCACUCCUUCUUGAUCUCCGUUAUUCGUAAGUGGGAAGAAUUACCUGUUGAAAUUUACUUGUUAUACUUUUUAUACUAA